AUGUCAAAAAAAUGGAUUUUAAUUACGGGUGGAAGCCGUGGAAUAGGGCGCUCGCUAGUAACGGAAUUGCUUUCUAGCUGGAAUGUUAUUUUCACUGGACGUACUGAAACGGGGCUUUCGGAUACUUUGGCUGAAGCAGCGAAAAUAGACUCACCAUUUUGGGCAAGAGGCUACGCUUGUGAUGGAAAGAAUGAAGUUCAGGUUGAAGAACUGUCUCUGUCUUUACUUGAAGAAUUCGGCCCACCAACCGCGAUUAUUCAUAAUGCGGGGAUCGCACGAGAUGCUUUACAUAUUCAUCAAAAUGCGGAUGUCUGGCUGGAUGUCAUCAAUACAAACUUGGUUGCCAUUAUCAAUUGGAAUCGUCAUCUUGUUCCGCCGAUGCUAUUAGAAGGCUAUGGUUCGAUUGUAUUGAUGUCCUCAAUUACAGGGCUUAAAGGGAAUAUUGGUCAAACCGCUUACGCGGCAAGUAAAUCAGCGAUGUUUGGUGUUGCACGAUCACUCGCCCACGAAGUUGGUCGUUUUGGUAUUCGAGUAAAUUGCGUUGCUCCCGGUCUAAUUGAAAGUGAUAUGACAGAAGCAAUUCCUGUAGAAAAAUUAAAAGCAAUGAAGAAAAAUAUACCUCUGCGUCGUUUAGGUCGGCCGGAAGAAGUGGCUAAGGUGGUUGAGUUUUUAAUUGGGGAAAAUAGCCAAUAUAUAACAGGGCAAACCAUUAUUUUAGAUGGUGGCGCAACUGCUUAG